CCGGAGGAGGUUCGUACCCAGGACACACCGCGCGUGUGCACAGCGGAGGCCGUGGGCCAGGGGAGAGCGGUGUGCGUCUGGGCUAAAUGCAAGAAAGAUGACUGAGCUGCCAUCGUUUCAACCACCAACCAAUUCCACUGAGGAGGAGAAUGCUGUUUUUCCGACGGCAUUGACAGAAUGGAUCUCAGAGGUAGGCAAUCAAGUUGGGGAGGCGGCACUAAAACUCCUGUCAGGAGAGGGAGACGGCAUGGAGGUGACGCCUACCCCAGGAUGUACCGGCAACGCUAGCGUGUGUAACGGGACGGACUCUGGCGGGGGAGUCGUGUGGGACAUCCCGCCUCUAGCUCAUUACAUCGUGGGCACGGCUGUGUUCUGUGUCGGCUGCUGCGGGAUGUUCGGCAAUGCAGUCGUGGUGUACUCCUUUAUCAAAUCUAAAGGCUUACGGACUCCUGCUAACUUCUUCAUCAUCAACCUUGCUCUCAGCGACUUUCUCAUGAACCUCACAAACAUGCCCAUCUUUGCCGUUAAUUCGGCUUUCCAACGCUGGCUUCUCAGUGACUUCGCUUGCGAGCUGUACGGCUUCGCUGGAGGGUUGUUCGGAUGUCUGUCAAUCAACACGCUGAUGGCCAUCUCCAUGGACCGGUACCUCGUCAUCACCAAGCCUUUCCUGGUCAUGCGGAUUGUUACCAAGCAACGGGUAAUGUUUGCCAUUCUCCUGCUCUGGAUAUGGUCCCUUGUAUGGGCUCUGCCUCCUCUGUUCGGAUGGAGCGCCUAUGUGCCUGAAGGAUUCGGAACAAGCUGCACUUUCGACUACAUGACGCCGAAGCUGAGCUACCACAUCUUCACGUACAUCAUCUUCUUCACCAUGUACUUCAUCCCCAUGGGCGUCAUCAUCUACUGCUAUUACAACAUCUUUGCCACCGUCAAGUCAGGAGACAAACAGUUCGGCAAGGCCGUCAAGGAGAUGGCUCACGAAGAUGUGAAGAAUAAGGCUCAACAAGAGAGGCAGCGAAAAAAUGAGAUCAAGACCGCAAAGAUCGCCUUCAUCGUCAUCACCCUGUUCCUGUCGGCAUGGACUCCGUAUGCUGUGGUAUCUGCGCUAGGGACGCUGGGAUACCAGGACUUGGUGACCCCAUAUUUGCAGUCCAUUCCCGCCGUGUUCGCCAAGUCGUCUGCCGUGUACAACCCUAUUGUGUACGCCAUUACUCACCCGAAGUUCCGUGCGGCAGUGAAGAAGCACAUCCCGUGCCUGUCAGGCUGUCUGCCUGCGGAUGAGGAGGAGACCAAGACCAAGACCCGCGGAGCCACAACCACGGCUUCCAUGAGCAUGACCCAAACCACUGCUCCCACUCAUGAUCCCCAGGCAAGCGUGCACUCCGGGUCCAGCGUGUCGGUUGAUGAUAGCAGCGGCGUGUCUCGCCAGGAUACAAUGAUGGUGAAGGUGGAAGUGGACAAUAGAAUGGAGAAGGCCGGCGGCGGUGCAGCCGAUACCGCUCCUAAGGAUGGCACCAGUGUGCCGACUGUUUCCGCCCAGAUCGAAGUGCGACCCUCUGGUAACGUCAACACUAAAGCUGAGGUGAUCCCGUCUCCUCAGUCUGCAGCGGUAGCACAUGGAGCAUCGGCAAGUCCUGUCCCUAAGGUUGCGGAAUUAAGCUCCUCGGUCAGUUUGGAGAGUGCCGCCAUUCCAGGUAAGAUACCGACCCCCCUCCCCAGCCAGCCAAUAGCAGCACCGAUUGAACGCCACAUGGCCGCCAUGGCUGAUGAUCCGCCUCCUAAGCCGAGAGGUGUGGCCACUACAGUCAACGUGAGGCGCUCGGAGAGUGGCUAUGAGCGCAGCCAGGACAGUCUACGGAAAAAGGCGGUCAGUGAAACGCGCAGCCGCUCUUUCAACUCGACGAAGGACCACUUCGCUUCCGACUCGACGAAGGACCACUUCGCUUCCGAGCGACAGAUGUCGACAACGCUGAACCAGCCUAGGGACAUAUACAGCGGCGACAUGGUGAAAAAGACACGACAGUCCCCUGAAAAACAAGAGUACGACAACCCCGCUUUUGAUGCAGGUAUCGCUGAGAUUGACACCGACUCUGAGAACGAGACAGAAGGGUCGUAUGACAUGCUCUCUGUUCGCUUUCAGGCUAUGGCAGAAGAGCCUCCUGUCGAAACAUACAGGAAAGCCAGCGACAUGUCAAUCAAUCUUGGCAAAGCCUCUCUCAUGCUCACCGAGGCCCAUGAUGAGACUGUUUUGUGAUUUUUAGGCAGUAUAGACUGCAAUAUCAAGACUGGCGGAAUCCAAACUCAGAUGCAUGGGUGCUUUCACGGUUAUUCUGUGUCAGUAUCAUAAUAAUGGCACUAGCUAUCAAACUCACUCAUGCUGAUUUUGCAACCAAAGGCGGUUAUACUGGUUGAACAGAUAGACAUUCUUGAAACAUUCUUUACCUAUGUCGAUGUAAUAUCACUGGCAGUGCAGAUGUUUCAAAAAUGAUACUAAUUGGACACACUCUGUAACUAACAACACCGAUUGGGGAAUUCUUCUUGUUACUGAUUCUUUGAAGUGAAAGUGUGAUAUUGUGAAAAGUCGAAGCUGAUAUAAGUGAAUAUUAGUCAUAUCGCCAUAGAAAGAGUUAUGAUGAGAGAUGAUAAUUAUCUAAUAACCUAUAAUUAUCUAGGUAACGAUUUUCCUAGUCAUGGGUAUACACAGAGUCCCUAGAACUGUUGUACUUCGUGCUGAUAUCCAUGAACAGAAUUAAGGCAUUUGCAAUAUGAGGUCCUAUACACUUUGAGUUAGAACUAAAGCUAUGAAUAUAGUUUAAUUGCUGUGAAAAAGAUGCUCAUAGAAAAUGAAAUAAGCCGGGUUUUAAAGCAUUGUUACUUGGUAGCUUGGGUAUGUGUUGUUCACUGCGUUGUUUGUCUUGUUUGUAAUUGCAUUAGUCAUAUUGGGUGAACCUUUAAUUGUAAUUAUGGUAUAUUUUGAAUAAUUAUAUUUAUAACGAUAUAAGUAAUAAAAGCAUAUUAACUUAAUCUGAGAAGGUAGGAUAUUGAAAGCACAAUUCCAUAUUCAUUCACACUGUAAUUAAACCUAAACCUUUGUAAAGGAUGAGUGCUAGAGACAAGGUAACAGAAACAAAGAAAAUGAUUACACCACAAGAAAUGUCGCCACAUGUUCACUAGAGGUUGUGACCACUGCGACUGCUGAGCGAACAGUGAUUCCAUGGGUUGCUCAACACAUUUCAUAUAUACAGAACUGUUUCCAUAAUGUAUGUUUUAUUGUCGACAAGUGAUAGUCAUAGUAUUUUCCAAUGUGAAACGUAGGGCCACGAAAAUCCAAUGGUGGUCGCUGUGCGGUCGUUUGGGGACAGGCACUUAGUGGAAUGUGGCCCGUAAGGAAUGGUUAUUUGAACAUGUGAUACACAGAAGUCAGAAAAAUUGGGUCGUUGAGAUGUUGAGAUAUCAAAGCAUGAACAUAGGAAUGACUUGUUAUACAUUGAAGUGCAGAUUGACAUUGAACAUGGCAAUGAAGAUGCAUAAAAAACUGCAAAUUCUAAAAAUGUGCGAUCAAUUUCCAUAGUUUUGCUAAGUCAUGUGGUGAGUCUUGUAUAAGUUUUCAGAAUGUGAUGAAUAUAGUCAGAUUUGCAAUCAUAAUUUAGGCUUGCAAAUGAUAAAUUUUCUUCAUCUAGGUGGUGAUUAAAGAAUGACUGAGUAAAUUAUAUUUUACCAUACAUUAUUUUUUUUGAAGAUACAGAUGUCAGUACAAUUACAGCGAUAACUGGCACUCUUAUUGUUUUCAACUGAGAAAUAGCGGAAAAAGGGACACAUAUUUCCUGAAGUGUAUCAUAUGCAUGUUCAUGUUAUAUUAAGUAAUUUAUCUGUAUGAGUAUGCUAUAAUGAAACUGUUAUGAAUUAAAUAUCCUACAUGUGGAUUUUGAGUAGGCAGUUAUAUCAUACGGAAAUUCAUAUUGAAUUUAGAAGACAAUCAAUGUGGAGGAAAGUUAAUUGAUCAGGGUACAGACAGUAUUUUAGAUAGGACAGUGGGUACUUACACCAUCCAUUUGACGUACAAGAAAAAAUGAUAUAUCAUAAGGCUAGCCUCUGACGCUUCGCCAAAACUUGAAGGCUUAAAGGUUGUCAUUAAAGUCCUUUACGCGGCUUUUAUGUAUGUCACGUGUAAAACGCAAUAAAUGUUACCGACGUAAAAUAUGA